CUGUUCUCUACCACCGCUGUCUGUUCUCUUUCUUUCUCUCUCACGUCUCUUCCUUGAGGGUGGGGGAAUCAGGGGUGCCAAUGGUCAGGACCAUCUAGUAAGUGCGAGCGCACACACACACACACACACCUGCAAACAGCCACCGACACAAACCUGUCAACUCGUUAAUGGCGUGGAUGUGUUGAUGUUUUCCAACAAACUGAACCUGAGCUGAACUCUUAGACAGACAUACUUUAGGACUGCUUAGCUUAGGCUCAAACUAAAUAUUUGCAAUGGCAGGACUGUACUGUAUAUGAGCUGUACGAUAUAUAGUAAAUUCCAGACUGUGUGUGGUGAAUCUGUGGAGUCAGCAGGUCGUAGCCAAGUACAGUAAAGUAAUCGGCGUGGAGAAGCCAUUAAAGUUGUGAAAGUAUAACUUCCCAUCAGCUAUAGAGUAGGUUUAUACCUGAGCUGUCAUGCAUAAAGAGAUGUCCACAGCUGUGACCAAUGUGCUGCCCACUAUUUGUUAUCGUUGUGUGUAUGUGUGUUAUCCUUGGUCCUCAAGAAUCAGUGUAUCCUCACACUAACCCUAUAGGAACUUUGUAGGUUUGUCUAGUAGCUUCCUCUCCUCAGUCGUCACCUCAUCUCCUUUCCUUCAUCUGCACGGAUCUGAGAGAAAUGGACAGGUGUAAACUAAUCCUCAGCCUAUUGCAGAUGCGCAGUGUGUUGAAAUCUAGGCAGUUCAUAGGUUUGACCUCUUUCUCUCUCCGUCUCUCUCUCUGGUAUGUGAAGAGUCAUAGGCCUUUAGACCAAUAAUCCUGGGCUCUUAUGCCAAAGCUUACAUGUCAUUUUUUUGUUUAAGUUAAGUCAGUUAAGAACCAAUUCUUAUUUACAAUGACGGCCUACACUGAUCACCCCGCACGACGCUGGGCCCAUUCUGCGCUGCCCUAUGGGACUCCCAAUCACGGCCGGUUGUGAUUCAGCCUGGAUUCGAACCAGGGUGUCUGUAGUGACGCAUUUAGCACUGAGAUGUAGUGCCUUAGACCAUUGUGCCACUUGGGAACAAAGGCCAGCGGCACACACCGCACACACCACCUACAGUAUGUCGUGGUGUAGUUGGAGAAAAAUAGCUAAAUAUACCCAGAGUGACAGAGGCUGCUGACUAGACCUCUGCCACAGACACGCACCCAACCAGCACACACUGGGGAGGUCACAGGGUGUGUGUGUGUGUGUUCCAGGGUGCUGCUGGGGCCUGGUUAUGUCUCUCUUCUGUCAGUGUACAGUUAGCUCUGAGCCAAACAGUCACCCAGCUCUCUGGGUUCUCUCCUCUAAGCCAGCUGGUCUGGCUUUAUAACUUCUUCUACUCCUCUUCUAAUCCUUCUUUCAGUUUCAUCCCUUCAUUUCUGAGGUAAAAGAUAGAGUGAUCUGACCCUCAGCUGGAGCUGAAGGGAACCUUCCUGGAGAAGAUAAUACAAGCAGCACUGGAGUGAAUGCCAGAGGAAUUGAGAGAAGAAGAAUCGAGAGAAUACUGCUGUGAGGAUUUGGAAGACAAGAGAAGAAGAGCAGGACUUUUGGGAUAGGAGAGAAAGAGAAGAAGAACAGGACUUUUGGGAUAGGAGAGAAAGAGAAGAAGAACAGGACUUUUGGGAUAGAGAAGAAGAACAGGACUUUUGGCAUAGAGAAGAAGAACAGGACUUUUGGGAUAGAGAAGAAUAACAAGACUUUUGGGAUAGGAGAGAAAGAGAAGAAGAACAGGACUUUUGGGAUAGGAGAGAAAGAGAAGAAGAACAGGACUUUUGGGAUAGGAGAGAAAGAGAAGGAGAGAAGAUGGGGAGGAAAAAGAUCCAGAUAGCACGGAUUAUGGAUGAACGUAACAGACAGGUGACAUUCACCAAGCGGAAGUUUGGCCUGAUGAAGAAGGCGUAUGAGCUGAGUGUUCUGUGUGACUGUGAGAUCGCCCUCAUCAUCUUCAACAGCACCAAUAAAUUGUUCCAGUAUGCCAGCACUGACAUGGACAAGGUCCUGCUCAAAUACACAGAGUACAACGAACCUCACGAGAGCAGGACUAACUCCGACAUCGUGGAAACUCUGCGUAAGAAGGGUCUAAAUGGUUGUGACAGUCCCGACAUCGAGGCAGACGACUCUGCUGGUCAGAGCCCCGAGUCAGAGGACAAAUACCGCAAAAUCAAUGAAGACAUUGACCUCCUGAUCAGCAGACAAAGACUCUGUGUAAGUACAACUGGACCUGUGUGUGUAUCCACUCAUGCCUGUUCCACUUCUCCAUUUGCCUUGCUAACCCUGGUGUCUGUCUCUGUCCAGCAGGCUCUCCCCCCGCCUAACUUCGACAUGGUUGGCUCCAUCCAGGGCCAAAACAACAGUGGACUACUAUACUCUCACCCCGGGGUGGGGGGAUCCUUGUAUAACCACAGUCUUCUGCCUCUUUGCCAAACACACUCUGGCCUGCAGAGGAACAGCAUGUCGCCUGGACCCCAACACACACACCAACCCCCCAGUGCUGGAAACUCAGGAGGGAUGAUGGGUUCAGAGCUGUCUAACACCGUCUCCAACGCUGGUAGUGGUAACUAUGGUAACCACCGUACUUCACCGGGGCUGUUAUCUCCAGGAGGCAUGGCCAACACUUCACCCCCGAUGAUUCAGGCCAAGACUUCGCCCCCGAUGAACUCCAUGACCCUGAUUGGCAACCGCAAGCCGGACCUCCGCACACUGCUACCCCCUGGCAACAAGAACAACAUGCCCUCCAUCAACCAGAGAAUAAACCACUCCCAGUCUGCCCAGACAUUGGCUACCCCCGCGGUCUCCAUAGCAACACCUACUCUGCCCGGGCAGGGUAUGGUAGGGUACCCCUCUGCCCUCUCCACCUCAUAUGACACAGAGUACUCUCUGGGUGACCUGUCAGGGUUUGGUAACAGAUCAGGAUCUCUCCACCUGGGAUCAGUAACAGGAUGGCAGCAACAACCGCUACAGAAUAUACAGCACUCAGCACUGGGACACAUGGGAAACAUUUGUCAGAACUCCAACCUUAACCUCCAGAAUGUCCAUCAGAACCUCUACAUCAAGUCAGAGCCCACCUCCCCGCCCAGAGAUCGAGGCAUCGGAUUUGUCAACGGAGGGAUGGGGGGUGUGUCCCAUGGCUACCCAACAAAUCAGGGCCCGGCGGAGGCAGGGCAGUCUCCUGGCGACAGCCUAUCCAGCUGUGGCAGCUCAUACGAUGGCAGUGAUCGCGAGGAUCACCGCGGAAAUGACAACUUCCUGCUACACCCGAUGUCCAAUCAGGAGCGCCACAGCCCGUCCCUCAAACGAAUGCGCCUAUCAAAAUGCUGGGCUACAUGAUAAGGCAUGCCUCUUAUUCACAGAGGGGGAGGGGCUUGUGUAGAGUUACGUUUAGUGUUAUUAUGACUAUUAUUAAGCUUGUGUCCAAAAUGGCACCCUUUUCCCUACAUAGUGCUCUUGCCAAAAGUAGUGCACUUUAUAGGGAAUAGGGUGCGAUUUCAGAUUUGCCCUAUAUUCUUCUUGUGCAGAGUGAGAGUGUUCCACUAUAACAGGGACAUUAUAUACAGGAGUGUGGAGGGAAUAUAACAGUGACAGACUGGGUCUGAAAUGGAACCCUAUUGCCCACGUAGUGCACUAUGGGGAAAUAGGGAGUGAUUUGAGACAACCAGUGAUAUUAUGCAGGAGUGAGGGUGGAUAUGGUGUGGGAGGUCUGUUGCCUGUGUUGUGUAUUUGUGGGAGAGAGAGGGAAUCAGUAAAUUAAUAUGUACACUAUGUAAACUAACUAACAAAGGUUGAAGAAGUCUGGUACUCUGUAUGGGUAAGAUACUGGUGAGUCACUAAUAUACUAGGAGACACAAGGACAGGCACUGUGAGUGGACACAUCAGGGGGUGUGUGUGCGUGCGUGUGCAUGCUCGCUCGCUCGCUCGCUACCUAGGCUCUGAUGUCCCAAUCUGCAGCUGGCUGACUAGCAGACAGAGUGAGUGUUCACUACAACCCAUUCAUGUUGCCGGUUCAACAUAUUUAUGUGUAUAUAUAGAUGAAGAACAAGGGAGGAUUUGGCAGACAGAGAGAGAAAAUGAAAGAGAGAUAGACAGAGAAGGGAGGGAAAGACUGAUGGAGAAAGGAAGAGAGCGAUAGAAGGAGACAGAGAAAAAGGACAACGAUAGGGGGAGAGGGAAGAAGGAGAGGGUGAAAGCCAUUAUGCAACAGGUUGCACAAAGCUGGAACUAUAGAAUAAUAGUGAUUGAUCGAUCAAGAAGUCAUUCUAAUAUUCUAAUUAUACAGCUGGAACCCUGGACAACUAGAAUGUCUCACUUGAAAUGAAGGCGCCUAGGAAUUGUAGUUCAACUCAGUCAGAAUACUUUUUAAGAGCCAUAUGCUAACAAAUACUAUCUGAGUCAUAUACACUACAGUGCUACUCAUUCAGAUGGAGAGAAAGAGAGACUGUUUUACCAGCCAGAUAGACAAAGCCACAGGGAGGAGGUGGUGUGAGUUAAAACAGAACUCCCAAAGCCAUAUUAUUAUAAAAUGGGAAGUCAAAGCUUUGCUGCACAAACAAGUGGUUUCUCUUUAUAGUAUUUUGAAAAUAUUUAGAAAAAUCGAAACUAUGAAAUAACACAUAUGGAAUCAUGUAGUAACCAAAAAAGUGUUAAACAAAUCAAAAUCGAUUUUAUAUUUGAGAUUCUUCAAAGUAGCCACCCUUUGCCUUGAUGACAGCUUUGCACACUCUUGGCAUUCUCUCAACCAGCUUCAUGAGGUAGUCACCUGGAAUGCAUUUCAAUUAACAGAUGUGCCUUGGUAAAAGUUAAUUUGUGGAAUUUCCUUCUUAAUGUGUUUGAGCCAAUCAUUUGUGUUGUGACAAGGUAGGGGGGUAUACACAAGACAGCCCUAUUUGGUAAACAACCAAGUCCAUAUUAUGGCAAGAACAGCUCAAAUAAGCAAAGAGAAAUGGCAGUCCAUCAUUACUUUAAGACAUGAAGGUCAGUCAAUAAGGAACAUUUCAAUAACUUUGAAUGUUUCUUCAAGUGCAGUCGCAAAAACCAUCAAGCGCUAUGAUGAAACAGACUCUCAUAAGGACUGCCACAGGAAAGACCCAGAGUUACCUUUGCUGCAGAGGAUAAGUUCAUUAGAGUUACCAGACUCUGCAGCCCAUAUAAAUGCUUCACAGAGGUCAAGUAACAGACACAUCUCAACACCAACUGUUCAGAGGAGACUGUGUGAAUCAGACCUUCAUGGUCGAAUUGCUGCAUAGAAAACGCUACUAAAGGACACCAAAAAUAAGAAGAGACUUGCUUGGGCCAAAAAACACAAGAAAUUUGUCCUUUGGUUUGGAGUUCAAAUUGAAGAUGUUUGGUUCCAACUGCUGUGUCUUUGUGAGACGCAAUGUGGGUGAACAGACGAUCUCCGCAUGUGUAUUUCCCACCGUAAAGCAUGGAGGAGGUGUUAUGCUGUGGGGGUGCUUUGCUGGUGACACUGUCUGUGAUUUAUUUAGAAUUCAAGGCACACUUAACCAGCAUGGCUACCACAGCAUUCUGCAGCGAUACGCCAUCCCAUCUGAUUUGCUUAGUGGGACUAUUAUUUGUUUUUCAACAGGACAAUGACCCAACACACCUCCAGGCUGUGUAAGGGCUAUUUUACCAAGAAGGAGAGUGAUGGAGUGCUGUAUCAGAUGAUCUGGCCUCCACAAUCCCCCAACCUCAACCAAAUUGAGAUGGUUUGGGAUUAGUCGGACCUCAGAGUGAAGGAAAAGCAGGUAACAAGUGCUCAGCAUAUGUGGGAACUCCUUCAAGACUGUUGGAAAAGCAUUCCAGGUGAAACUGGUUGAGAGAAUGCCAAGAGUGUGAAAAGCUGUCAUCAAGGCAAAGGGUGGCUACUUUGAAGAAUAUAAAAUCUAAAAUAUAUUUUAAUUUGUUUAGCACUUUUUUGGUUACUAUAUGAUUCCAUAUAUGCUAUUUCAUAGUUUUGAUGUCUUCACUAUUAUUCUACAUUGUAGAAAAUAGUAAAAAUUCAGAAAAACCCUUGAAUGAGUAGGUGUUCCAAAGCUUUGGACCGGUAGUGUAUAUUUCUACCUAGUUCUAUCAAAUAAUUAACCCAAUAAUUAACCCACGUCUGUGAAAUUAAGGAUGGCUAUAGUUCUUGAAAAUGUACUUAAAAUAAUGUGAACAUUGUUAAAAUAUAGAUAAAACCUUGUUUUUGUCUUCAUAUUGUGGGUUAUUAUGUAGCUAUGUGCAGGUGCACAUAUUUUCUAUCAAUCUCAAACGUUUAGGAAAAUGUUUAGUUAAAUCUUCUCAACCUGCCACUGAUGUUAGCCUAAUAGCACAUUCUUAAGGAAGGGUUGCUUCAAAACCCAGAUGAAGUCACUCCUUGAUUAAAAAGCAUUCUCAAUGUAGAAUCUCCAUUGGAAGUGUGUGUUAGUUCAGGAAUAGGCCUAAUCUGGGUCUGGGAGAUCUAAGACUGUAGAGUCAGCGUGUAUAGACAGAGCAGAAGCUGGACGGCUGCCUCUCCUCCCUACAGACAGUUUUAUAUGAUGUCAGAUAUUAUUACUGAGAAGACAUAAGAAACCCACCUAGAAGCACAACUUCUGACUUUGAAAGUCACCUUUGUUCUAUGUUGCCAGGUUGCAAUACAAUACAAUACUGAUUGAUGAUAUCAGUAGACUACAAGAGGGCAGAGCCCCACAAUAGGUUAUAGACUAACCAACAGCCUGAGGCUAUCCUACUCACCUAGCUCAUCAGAGCUACAGUAUUGUUUUCAUUCUAUUUUAUUUUUCUUCAUCAUCAAAAUUGUCUGUAAUGUAAAAAUCUGCAAUUGACCUGUACCUCAGAUUUACCACACCCAUUAUCAUAGUUUGAAUGGGAUUCUGAGAAUGUUGUAUAAUUUGAUUACAUCAAUAUAGGUCUGCUCCAUGCAAUAUCCACUUCAAUCAUAUCAUGUUUUGUAUCAGUUUUAUCAACAGAAUAAAUACUUUUUGUCUCAAUAAUGUAAUAUGGUAUCUGAGUGAAGGUCCCUGGAUGAUUUAUUUAUGUGGGUGCCAUGUUGAAUUGUGUUCUUUAUGUGAACUUUAUAACACUACUAACCACAUGACAGUGGGUAGUGCACUCAGAGAUCAGGGGUCAGACACCAGGACGUCUUUCUGAGGUGAAUGUUUGGACGCUACAAGGCUCCAGGCAGCAGAAGCAGGCCUUUGUCACCACUUGAAGACAAUGUUUCUUACCAGAAGGAAGGGAGCUAACAUAAAUGUACAUGUAUUUUCCCGCGCAGGCAAUGAAAUUAAAAGGUAUUUGUAUUUUGCAGAACAAUAUACAGGCUCUUUACUUUUAAA